CCUGGCUUGGCUUGUGUUCGGUGGACCCAGUAUCGAGCAGCCUUCCCUUGCCAAAAUUAUCUCCAUGGCUCAUGACCGAGAAGAACAAUCCAUGCCAACCGGAUCUGUUUCCAUGGCCAGUUUAAAGGCCACUCAUUGCUUAAAAUCACCCCCACCAGAUUUGGUUAAACUCUUUCAAAACCAAAAUCUUCAAAAUGAUGUGGACCGGGUACUCCAGCAACAAAAACCAUGCCAUUCAAAUCAAAAUUUCAUACCUCAUAAAAAAUCUCAGAUUUUGGAUCCUUAUUUUGUGUCUCAUCCACCGGCCUCUCUUGCCUCCAUUUACCCAUAGCCCAAAGAACAUCUUCUCCCCUUUCAAGUAAAACCUGAUUGGAGUAAAUGGGUUGGUUCUUUUGGAGCUUGGCCGUCUUGGCGGAAAUCAGAAUGGACUGACUGGAUAAACCGUCUGGAACCUGCUGUUGGUUAAAUUUGGAGAGAUGCAGGCAUGUUUGAAUUUAUACAACUCACCAAAUGCAGAUUCAUCAUGGACAAACCGGUCCUGGGUGCGGCUUUGUUAUUUUGGUCUAGCUCUUUCAAUUGUUUUCAUUUUCCCUGUGGAGCCAUGUCUGUGAGUCUUUUUUAUGUUAGCUCAUUAACCGGAUUGCCCUGUACUGGAGAAGAAAUUUCAGCAUUGUUAACCUUGCCUCCAGGUGUUGAGUACAAUGUAGAGUUGAAGCCUUUUUAUCCAGCCUUUGUGAGGUCUGUCUAUGAUAAAAGUAAGCCUGUCAGUGUUGAUGAGCAUAUUUCAUUUUUGCUUAUUUUGAUUUGCAAAUAUAUAGUCUGCUCUGCUGGUAAAGAUCCACUAAAGAGUUUAUUCCUUUAGCUGCUGUUUUAGCUGCUGCUUUAGCUUAUGGUAGACAAAUGGCUCUGGUCCUUUUUUGCUUGUUCAUUUGUAUAGUAGUUGCCAGGAUAUUACGGCUCAACAAGGAUGAGACAGGAGCUAGGGCUGGAAAAUAAGAAUACAACCACAACUGCAAAACCCAAAGCGGUCCACCACUAAUGACUAAGGGGUGAGCCGUGAUAUAUUGGUAACUCCUAUACAAAUGAGCAAGCAAAAAAGGACCCAGAGCCAUUUGUCUAUCAUAUGUUAAAGCAGCAUCUAAAGGAAUAAAUUCUUUAGUGGGACCUUUACCAGCGGAGCAGACUAUAUAUUUGCAAAUCAAAGUAAGCAGAAAUGAAAUAAUAUGUUUACUUUUAUCAUAGGCAGACCUCACAAAGGCUGGAUAAGAGGGCUUCAACUCUACAUUGUACUCAACACUUGGAGGCAAGGUUAACAAUGCUGAAAUCUCUUCUUUAGUAUAGGGCAAUCCGGUUAACGAGCUAACAUCAAAAAGGCUUGGAAGAGUUUAUUUUAAAUUGCAGGAAGGCAUCCCUCCCUUUUGCAAAUCGUCUGAAGGCGCAAAUUUCAUUUUAAUCCAAUGUUCUUCCUGCCAUCUGCAAAGAGGUCGACCGUAGGAAGGAGAGGGUCGUUGGGAAAGUCUUCUUUUCUUACUUUCAGCAAAGUAAGUAGUAUGCCCGCAUUCAAAUUUCACACGUGCGAGGCCACUAGAGGAUUUUUGAGGAAACAACUACUGAUUAUAUACAAACACAACUUUCACCAGUUGUUUUUCUAAAAAGAAAGAACUUGUAUCAUCGUAUCACCUAUAAUUUA